AUGGUUCACGUAAUUAUUAGAAAGCUAGACAAAGCUUCACAUACAGCAUUCGAGCAAUCGUUAGAAGACAGCCGAAGAAUAAUUUCAUUAAAAGAAUUAUUGCGGUUCCUAGAAGGAAGAUUUCAGGUAUUCGAAUCAAUGACGAAUGGAAACCACAAACAAAGUCACAAACCACGACAUCCAGCAGUAGCACUUGCAGCUACAGACUCAGUAUCAAAAUGUAUUACUUGCAAUAGCAGUCAUCAAUUAUUUUCAUGUGAAACUUUUAAACGUAAAUCCAUACAACAGAAAUAUGAUUUACUAAAACGUCAUAAAUUAUGCACAAACUGCAUGAAACCUGGUCAUAUGGCAUUAUAA